AUGCCCUACACCCAUAGAUUCGUCUGGCCGGCAGCGCCUGACACGCGUUCAGUGGUGGUUACGGGUGACUUUGACGACUGGCUGUUAACUAGGGCUGUGCUUGAGAAAGAAAACGACACUGGCGACUUCGCUGGCACCUUGUACUUGGACAAGCCCCGGCGGUUGGUGUUCAAGUUUGUUGUCAACGGCACCCAGUGGAUCACCAGCCCCAAGUAUAAGAUUGAGCAUGACGUGCAUGGCAAUGCCAACAAUUAUUUGGACCCUGAGGAUUUGGUGGAAGUUGCUGACAAUGAGAGCCAGCUAGCAGAUACGUCUGGUCCUGCUGAUACAAGAGUUGUUGAUAUUGAGAAGGCUGACGAGCCCAAGGCCGGUGAUGUGAGGGCCGAGGUUGUUGAAAAGCCGAUGGGAAAUUCAGAAGCCGUGGAUAAAGACGUGAAGAAGACUUCUAAUGAUAAGGAGGCUUCAAUUGACGUUGCCUACGCUCAAGAGGAUAGAAUGCCUAAGUUGGAAAGCUCCGGUAACGCUGCGGAGGAGGUGGAAGCCAAAAGAGCAGCUAAAGACGAGAAGGGCGCUCCCGUUAUUUCUGAAUUUGCCAAGAUUGAGCUUGCGAGGGCUACAAAUCCAGUUGACGAACAAGCUAAGGAACAAGCUGAGGAGAAUUCUUCCGAAGUUAUAGCAGAAGAUGUAUCUGAACCAACUGAAGUUGAGAAGCCUUCCCACAACGAGCCGGAGCUGCCAAACAAAGAGUCUAAGGUGCAGCAGGAGGAAAUCGAGGGCUUAGACAAGGUUUCAACCUCCCAGUCUUCGUAUGCUGCCUUGUCUAUUCCUAGCGAUGGUUACGAAGAUGUGGGCAUCGCUGUUGACGAGGAUGGUUACGCCAGAACUUUUCCAGCGGACGACGACGAGAACGCAAGGAAGACUGUGGAAUCAGGUGCUAGCAAAGUUGACAGAAACCCAUCUGGUGUUGGCACUGAGUCAUCUUCUGAGCCGAGGCAUCGUACCGCCCCCCAUGAUAUCUCAGCCUUUGGCAAAGCCCAUGCCCAAAGCGAACCGAGGCCUAUCCAGUCCCACUACACCUCCACCUUCAAAGGUGGUGACACCAACUCUGGAGACACCACCCCCACAAAUUCCCUCAAAAACCACGGAAUCUACGGAGCCAAGCAGCCCACCUCCUCAACCCAGCAAGAGUCGGAAGUAUCGACUCUUGGUUCUCACUCUAGGAGUAGCUCUUAUACUGCUCGGCCUCCACAAGGGGGUCAAGAUCAAGCUUCCCUGGUGGUAAGUGACACCAAAAUGGUUUCUGAUACACCUGAGCAUCUUCGUACGGAGAGAAAGAGAAAAGGAGGAUUGGUGACCCGUAUAGUUGGCUUGUUUCAAUGA